CGCACGCAACACGUAAAUCUACUUGCAAACCUUUCGCGAAUCGAUCGUGGGAGUUCCAUCGCUGAGCGAGACCCGGUAGUGCGUACUUCGGAUCGCCCGUUCCGAUUUUAUAAGUAGCAAGUGAAGACAGAUAUCGAGAUGAGCAAGCGACUGGAGACCGUAGCCACGAUGACUUGCUUGAAGACCCUGCUAAUGCUCUUCAACUUUAUUCUCUGGGGUUCCGGGAUGUUGAUGCUGUGCAUCGGUAUAUGGAUGCGCAUCCAGCUGCGAGAUUAUGUGAAUAUGAGUGUGCAGGGUAGCGGAUCAGCUUUGUUAGCAAUCGCAUGCCUAGGCGCGGUAUUAUCUGUCGCAGCAAUACUUGCCUGUUGCUGUACUGCGCGAGGUCAUCCUGCUCUACUAUAUCUGUACGGCGCGUUCUUGGCUGUCGUGGCAUUGCUGGAACUCGGUGCAGGCGCGUCAGUUUACGCUUAUCGCACGAGCUUGAACGAGGGAUUCGAUCAAAGUUUGAACGAGAGCAUGGCAGCUUAUGAAAAAGACGAAUCCAUACAUACUCAUAUCGACGUUAUGCAAACGACCUUGCAUUGCUGCGGCAGUCGCAGUUAUCUCGAUUGGGAAGAGAUGAUUCCACGGAUCAAAGUUCCUUCAUCCUGCUGCAAAGAAUUCAAUGCGAGUGCGGAUAAAUGCGACACGAACAACAGGAAUGACAUUUAUACCGAGGGAUGCUACAAUCGCGUGCUGAAUUUAAUAAACAGCAAUAUUGGUGUGGUAGCUGGCACAGCGAUUGGUGUAGCCUUUUCCCGUUGAUGGGCAUCUUCCUGGCGUGCUGUCUAGCUAGUAACAUCAACAAGGCUGAAUACGAGCAGGUUGCUUAGGUAUGGUAUUCGCGCAAACAGCAACGACGGUCCUAUCAGAAAACAAAACCAGCGUCGCUAGCGGCAAUGACGAAUGUAUAUGAUUUAACGAGAAUACGGAAAUAAUCCUGAUUGGAGCAAACACGCAUUUUGCUACAAAAUUAAGGUAAAAAUCUAUUCUAUAAGGUUCACUUUUGAAUAUAAAAUCAUAUUUAAAACGGAACUUACACAAAAUUAUUGGAUUUAUAUUCUUGCUUAAUUCUUCGAUCUUUCAAUCCUUCUGCACUCAGAAGCAAAUUAAGCAAAUCGAAAUUUACGUUUAUAUUCUGGCCAUUCUGAAUUCAUUAAUAUAAAUCAAUAAUAGCGUGUUGUGAGAUAUGUUUAUUUGAUAAACAUUAGAAAUAUAAUAACCCUCUCAUGCAUUUAUAUCUUAUAUACAAAUAUCUUCGACUUUAUUUCUAACAAUUAAAAAUAAUAUAUAUAGGUUUAGGUAUUAUAUGUGCAUGAAUUGGUUGCUCUCUUGAAUUUCUGCAAAUAAUACAAUUCAGGAAAUUAGGAGAUCCAGAGCCAAUAUGGGUCUUGUGAUAAAAACGAAAGAAAACUUUUUUUUUCUCAAGAGUGAUGUAAGAUCAUUUUUUAUUAGUUAAAUGUUUCGAUCGUCUUCAGUAACAUGCGAUCAUCUUCAGUAACAAAUUACAAUCUAAACGUCGAAAAAAUUAUAUGUGAGGUCAACAGUUAUAAACAAAUUGAAAAGUGAGAAUUGUGCAGAAACAUACCUGUCGUAAUAAUAAUUAAUUACAUCUAAAAUCUGCAAAUUAUUUCAACAAAUUAACAAGCAGAAGAAUAGAGAAGCAAAAUUUAUUUAGAUUAGAAAUGUUCUUUAUUUAGAACGUUUUUUCUUUCAGUACAAAUUUAUAGACUGUGGUUAUAUAAAAAAUAUAUUUUGUUUUAUAAAAAUUUUUUAAAGUUAUAAAAUGUUUUUAUAAUAUUUAGAUAACUAUGUUCUCUAAGAAUGAAUGAUGAUUUAUUCUUGUUGUAUUUGUUUGCACAAGAGGGUUAUAAAACAUGAACUAGCAUGACUAGCAUUUUUAUAAGGCGAUAGUAUCAUUACAAAAUGUGAUUACCGCUACCUUUAAAAAAAGAAUUGUCUAAUUGUAUCUGUUAUUAUAUACCGAACAAUCGAACGAAUUUUUAUUGAAGCGUUAGACUUUAAAACUCGACGAAAAUCAAUUGAUCGUACACGAAGAUAAAACAAUUAGAAAUAUAGAAACACACACAUGGAUUGUUAUUUUUAUCAAUAGGAUCGUAAAACGACGAUAGAGUAGAAGUAGAUCGUAACAUUCGCGAAGUUUAUUUCAUUCCAUAAACGUCUAUGAACGUUUAUAACAAUGAUAAUACGAAAAUAACAAACUUCUAUAUUUUUUAAAUAUUCUAUGAGUCUUUUUGGCGUAACAAACUUUUUCUCUUCGGAUUUUAAUUUUUUAUGAGAUCUUCCAUGCGUUGAUCCACAAAUUGUUAGAUGUGGAUUUUUGGAUUCUACAUUCCAUGGAUUUUACAGAGCCAUAUAUGUCCUUAUGCGAUAUCUUUCAUCUUGAAAUACUUAAUCAUAUUUCAUCACGUGUUUAAUGUUAAAUGGAGUUGUUCUUGUUUGACUUCUAUAUUAAACAAUUUAAAAUCAGACAAUCAGCGCGAUCGGCGCUAAAUGUUUGAUAGAAAUAAAAUUCGAGAUACUAUCAGACAAAGUUAUGAAGCAUGCGAAUAUUACCAAUAUAACAAAAUAUCGUGUUAUUUAUGUAUCUCAUUAAAUUGAAUUUCAACUUUUCGCUGCAAAAUGAAAAAAAAAAUACACGUAUAAUGAAAAGAUAAAUAUAAUAAAUCGAACGUAAUU